AAGACGCAGUCUUUUGCUCGCCAUGGAUACUCCCAGGGUCCUGCUCUCGGCCGUCUUCCUCAUCAGUUUCCUGUGGGAUUUGCCAGGUUUUCAGCAGGCGUCCAUCUCCUCCUCAUCGUCGUCCGCUGAGCUCGGCUCCGCCAAAGACGUGCGAAGCCGCAAGGAGGGGAAGGUGCCUCGGGCGCCGCGGGAGAGUCCCGUGGACCGGGCGCCCCCGGAGCGCCAGGAGCCACAGCAGCGGCGGCAGGAUGAGCCCAGGCGGCGGCGGCCGCAGCAGCUCCAGGCUCAGGAGCUGCCGGGCAGGGGCCCGCGUGUGGUGCCCCACGAGUACAUGCUGUCAAUCUACAGGACUUAUUCCAUCGCCGAGAAGCUAGGCAUCAACGCCAGUUUUUUCCAGUCUUCCAAGUCAGCGAAUACGAUCACUAGCUUUGUAGACAGGGGACUAGACGAUCUCUCGCACACUCCUCUCCGGAGACAGAAGUAUUUGUUUGAUGUGUCCACGCUCUCAGACAAAGAAGAGCUGGUGGGCGCGGAGCUGCGGCUCUUUCGCCAGGCGCCCGCAGUGCCCCGGGGGCCGCCGGCCGGGCCGCUGCUUGUGCAGCUCUUCCCUUGCCUCUCGCCCCUGCUACUGGAUGCGCGGACCCUGGACCUACAGGGGGCGCCCCCGGCCGGCUGGGAAGUCUUCGACGUGUGGCAGGGCCUGCGCCACCAGCCCUGGAAGCAGCUGUGCUUGGAGUUGCGGGCCGCAUGGGGCGAGCCGGGCGCCGGGGAGUCCGAGGCGCCCGCGCCGGGGCCCCAGCAGCCGCUGGCCCCGGACCUGCGGAGUCUGGGCUUCGGCCGGAGGGUGCGGCCGCCCCAGGAGCGCGCCCUGCUCGUGGUGUUCACCAAAUCCCAGCGCAAGAACCUGUUCGCUGAGAUGCGCGAGCAGCUGGGCUCGGCCGAGGCUGCGGGCCCGGUUGCGGGCGCCGAGGGGUCCUGGCCGCCUCCGUCGGGCGCCCCAGACGCUGGGCCUUGGCUGCCCUCGCCCGGCCGGCGGCGGCGGCGCACGGCCUUUGCCAGUCGUCACGGCAAGCGGCAUGGCAAGAAGUCGAGGCUGCGCUGCAGCAAGAAGCCCCUGCACGUGAACUUCAAGGAGCUGGGCUGGGACGACUGGAUUAUCGCGCCCCUGGAGUACGAGGCGUACCACUGCGAGGGCGUGUGCGACUUCCCGCUGCGCUCACACCUGGAGCCCACCAACCACGCCAUUAUCCAGACCCUGAUGAACUCCAUGGACCCUGGCUCCACCCCGCCCAGCUGUUGUGUGCCCACCAAAUUGACUCCCAUCAGCAUCCUGUACAUCGAUGCGGGCAAUAAUGUGGUCUACAAGCAGUACGAGGACAUGGUGGUGGAGUCCUGCGGCUGCAGGUAGCGGCGCCUUUCCCAACGCCAUAGCCAGCCGCUGGGGAAGCCUGACUGCUGAGAGGGACGGAGGAGGAGCUGGCCUUGGAGCGGGCUGAGGGUGGGCAAAAGCCUAGACGUGUGAGCUGGAUGGGAGAGGUGGUAGCACAGCGCAGUCCUCCCAGAACCUUCUACCUGCCAGCCCAGGGGGAUAUAUGGAUUUUCACACUUUGCCUGGCCACUCUGGAAAAACAAGCCAAGGAGGAUUUGCUUUGUUUUGUUUUUCUCUUCAUUAUUGUGGCUUUGGAUUUCCUUGUGUGUUUCACAGGUUUUGAUAGGAGGUGGGAGAACGGGAGACGUAUACUUGUUUCUCAACUGUUCCAUGGAUUGAAAAAUACUUUAAAAAGGGAAACAGUGUGGAAGGGAGAAUCACCUUUGCCCACACCUUGGUUUGGUUGUAUUCUACCUGUGUAAAGAAGAUGCUGUCUUUCUGGCCGUGUCGCAGCCCAUGUCUGGUGGCCUCCCAAGUGAAAAGUGUUAGAAUAGGGACAUUGGAUACUGAAUAGGAAAGCCAGUUCCUGCCUUUAGAAGAGCUUGGAGAUAGGUGGCCCCAAGCACCUUUUCCACCCAAUUGUGCUCUCUAGCGAGUGUACCAGCUCUGCUUUGGCCUUUCCCAGUACUUGUAACUGGCAACUCCCAUGGGAAUCCAGAGGGCUCAGGGGGCUGAGAGAGGUGCUUCGGUGCUGCCUUUACUGUUGCUUUUUCUGAUGGGGGAAAGAGGAGCUGGUAUGGAUGGAAUGACAAGAAUUAGUCCAAAUGGAACCCCCUGAAGGAUAAGGAGAAACCACAAGACCUGCCUUACUGGGGCUGACACUGAGGCUAAUGUGCCCAGGCAGGAGAUAACCUACCGAAAAGCCCUUCAUGAUGUCUGUUUCUAAUUGAUUAAAACUAACAAGAAGAAAACAAACAAACAAAAAACCCAAACAAUUUGCCAAAGAUUCAGGCACCCCCUUCUAAGAGGAAGGCGAUUCCCAAUUUUAAAAACUGGGGGGGGGGGAGGUACAAUAUAACUAAGGUCAGAGGUGCAGAGGAAGCAGGAAAGGACCAAAGAAGUAGAGAGGGCAAGGUUGGGAGGGGGGCCCAAGGGACCUGCCAGGAGCAGGGAAGGUAAGGAUGAAAGCAGACACAAGUGCCUGUCUCUGAAGUUUCUUUAAAAUCUUUUUUCCCUCCCUUCUGACAUUCCUGAAAGAUUACCAGCUGGAAAUAGCCCAGGGCUCCCCCAAAAGAAUUGUUUCAGAUUGUAAUUACCAGUUAGGCAAUGUUUUUAAAACUUAGUAAUGAAAAACUGUGAAAAGAGCAAAGUGUUACAUUGAGUUUGGGGUGGGAGAUGGGAACUGGCAGUAAAGAAGAAGGAAACGAAAAAAAAAAAAAAAAACCCAAAACCGUUGCCAUGAAGUUGAUUCCAACUCAUGAUGACCCCAUGUGUUACUGAGUAGGACUACUCUGUAGGGUUUUCUUGGGUGUAAUCUUUACAGAAGAAGAUGGCCAGGCCUUUCUUUCGUGGUGCCACUAGGCGAGUUUGAAUCACCAGCCUUUAGGUUAACAGUCGAGUGCAAACCACUUGUGCCACCCAAGGACCUCUAAAGAAGGAGACAAGGGUGGAAUUCAUCUUCCAGAAGGAAGCAGGAGAGAGCACAACCCAAUUUAAAUAUCCAUUCCCAGAUAGUAAAAAGCAUGACCUUUCCCACCACCCUGCACCAGUAUUAUUUUCAAACAUUGCCCAGAUGGGAAUAUGAGUUAACUUCCUUCUCAUCUUUGACCAUGAAAUGGUUUAAACAAGGGGACUUGUACCAACCAUUAAAAAAAAAAAAAAAAAGGUUUUGUUUUCUCUGUGUCGUUUUGCCCUCUCCCAAUCUAAACCUGUUGCUUGUUUGGUUCAGAGAACUACAAACUGUCAAAGGGUGGGAAUGAUAAUGAAUGCUAAUAUAAAAUGCUAAGUAAAAGAAGACUUGGCCAAGAGAAAUAAUUUAAAAUGCACAUUUGCUUUGGAUGCACUGUUGUUCUGUUAAGGCUGUAUAUAUUUGUUUAUUUAAGGUGACUGAAAGUGCAAAGAAGACGUGGACAGCAUGCAAUUCAUCUUAAUGUACAAAAUGUUAUAUGCACUCAAAUGUUAUAAUUUCUAAGAUUUUUAAAGUUUAUAUUCGAGUUGUACAAAGUUAAGCAUUAAUCAGAUAUUUCGUUCUUUCAUAAUGUUAUCAUUUCCUUAAAUAUUAUUACAAAAUUUUAAUUCUGUCUAAUGGAGAGUUUUUUUUUUUAACUGUCUACCUCACUAUAAUACAAGUAUUUACAGCACUAAAGUUAUCAGAGGUAAAUUAAUAUUCAAAACAUUUUUUACAGUCCGUCUUUCCUGGAUGAUACUCGAACUAAUACUGUAUUAUUAAACUCAUUCCCUCCCUCAUAA